CCCUUGGUCAAAAACCUUGCACCAAUCCCACCGCCCUCUUCCAACCACCACAUGUUUCACCCUCGCUGCUUCCGCCGCGAAAAUCGUUGCCCAAGCAGAAGCCUGUCCCACUCUCCAAUCUGAGAAGCUUGGAGUGGUUGUGAAGGCAACAGAGAAACCAAAACUUGUGUUGAAGUUCAUUUGGAUGGAGAAGAACAUUGGAAUUGCACUUGACCAGACGAUACUGGGGCAUGACACUAUUCCCCUGAGCCCGUAUUACUUUUGGCCCAGAAAAGAUGCUUGGGAAGAGCUCAAGGAGUUGCUUGAAAGGCCUUGGAUCUCCCAAAAGCAGAUGAUUAUUCUACUCAAUCAAGCCACUAUCAAUUUGUGGCAACAGAGUGGUGGCAACUUAUCCUAAUCCCAAUUUUGCUUUUCGACAAUAUUUCAAACAUAUUUUGCUCCUGUCUUAUUGGGUUGGGAUAAUCGGUGAUGUUUUGUAAUAAUGAGAUGUUUCUCUGGUUAAUGUUCAUGUUUUUUCUGUUAUAUGUUCUUUAUCUGGCUUUGUAGAAGCUUAAUUAAUAUUAUUAUUAAUCAACUUAUCCCAAAGUUCUCUCA